CGCGUGUAUUUAAAGAAUUUAUUCGGAAAUAAACACGUAUGUGCUUAUUUUAAAGACAGAGUAUAUUUGGCUUGUAUAUCAUAGUUAGUCCGAACGUAUAAUUAAGUUCAAUUGCGCACUUCCUGUUUGACGAGGGCGCGCAUUCAAUAGCACACAUGAGUUCAAAGCUUCAACUCGCUGGUGCCUUUUUGUAGUCUCUGACAUACAUACAUAUAAAAAUACCAAAUAUAACGAUCAUGGCGGACGUCAAUGCGACUGUCGCAGCAAUCGACGAGAUGGUUCGUGAUAGUAUUAAUGCCACUGUGGCCGCUCUGAACGAGACACUCGAUCCUAAUAUGAUGACCGUCGGCAACAUUACCUACAAUAUUACAAACUACAACGAGGAACAAAUACGUCGCCUCAAAGUCAAACAGGAAGUACUGGCGUUCCGUAAAGAACACGAAGGCCACGACUCCAUGCACGCAGAGAUGUUCUUUAUAAUCAUGCUGGUGACAAUCGGUGCACAGUUUUUACUGAUGCUGUGGAAGAAACACAACGAGAAAUCAUACAAGAGGUAUACUCUCUUCGCCAUGUGGGUAGUGCCCGUGUGGUUCAGUAUCAGGAACAGUCUGAACCAGAUGCUGACGGUGUGGACCAUAUUCAGUAUCCUCACUGGUUGGAUCUCCUUCAAGGCGACACGCAAGCCAUUGCACUCGCGUACACCGAAGUUGGUGUACAACUACUUUCUUAUGAUGUAUAAGCUCUGCUAUGGCGUGGGCUUGGCUGGGUAUAUACUGUUCAUGCUCAUAUUGUUUGGUGGGGGUGCGGCGAUGAAUAGAGAUGUCAAGGCACGCCAGUACGCCAUGGAGGUCGUAACUACCAUGCUCUUCUAUGGACUGUACUAUGGCUGUUUGCUAAGAGAUUUUGCGGAGAUUUGUGCAGAAUCAAUGGGCAAUAGUAUCGGGGUAUGUAUUGUAUGGAUUUCGACCAUCGUUCAAUGUUCGCGGCAUUCAUGA